GUCCGGCAGUGGAACCCUACGUCAACGUCAAACGUCCCCCACGCGCCCAACGACAAAAAGGAAAUGUCUGAUACCAGUACCGCUGAGCUCAACGCUUUCCACUCUGAAGUCAACGCAACGAUGGGGAAGCAACCGCUCGCCCUCACGCUCAUCCUCGCCGCGACGCCAUCGCUCGGGAUUGGCCGCGCGGGCGCGCUGCCCUGGCCCCAGCUCAGGAAGGAAAUGGCGUAUUUCCGGCGCGUGACGAGCCGUGUGCCUGGCUCUGCGUCUGCCAGCCGUGGCAACCAGAGGUGCAAUGCCGUGGUCAUGGGCCGCAAGACGUGGGACUCGAUACCGCCGCGAUUCAGGCCGCUCGAGGGGCGGGUGAAUGUCGUUGUUACGCGCAGCCCUGGGGAAUUUACCGCACGACUGGAGGAGGAGGGUAGCGGGAAGGAGGGACAUGGGAAGGUGGAGGUGGCUGGGAGCGUGGGCGAGGCGCUGGAGGUGCUGCGGGCGUACAACGCCCCCUCUGCCUCGUCCGCCCCAGAUGCAGAGGACAGACCCGAGAUCGAAAGGGUGUUUGUUAUUGGUGGCGCUACGAUAUAUGAUGCUGCGAUGGAGUUGGCGCAGACGGAAAGGGUGUUGUUGACUAAGAUCGAGGAGGAGUAUGAGUGUGAUACGUUUUUCUCGGUGGAUUUGGCUGAGGAUCAGGGGUGGAGAAAGUGUGAGAAAGGGGAAGUGGAGGAGUGGACCGGGGAGAAGAUUGAGUCUGUCGAGGAGAAGGGGGUGAGGUUUGAGUUUGAGAUGUAUGAGAGGGUGGAGCGGUGAUAGGCAGGCGCAUGGUGUGACUAGGUGGUUACCAGGAUAGCAGAUGGGGAUGGUGGCGGUUGGAGGAACUACAUGAGAGCAGUGUGUUUCCCAAGGUCCUUGUCUUGACCGCUGUAUUGGUACGAAAUUGGAGGAGCCAAAUCCAUUACUCCAUCAUCUCGAGCUAUAUCAGACAUACUCGGC